CUUUCCGAGUCCAUAACAGACCUCUAUACUGCUAUCCUUGGUUACCUGGCAGGGACUCUACACUAUUUCGGCCUGAGCACGGCAGUACGGAUACUCAAGAGCGUCGUCGUUUCCAAGGGCGAUAUGAAGGCCAGAUACGAGCCCGUCGAAUCUGCGCAAGCCGAAUUUAGGCGCCUUGCGGAGAUGGCAGAAGCUCAAGACUUGGGGACUGUUGUUGAUGGUAUCCAUGGAAUUGAGCAGCAUCUCAAACAGAGAACGGAACAAGACAAAGUGGAGAUGCAGUCUCUUAAAGAUGCCAUAAAACAAUUGAACCAACCCAUCAAUCGCAUCGACAAACGCCUCGAACAGAUCCAAGAUGGCAUUGAGCAACAGAUGCGGGCACAGAUCCUCAGGGCUAUUUCCACUAUACCAUAUGGCAGUCACCACAAAACCGCCAGCAAAGGACGCUUAGAGGGCUCCGGCAGGUGGCUUCUCAGCAAGCCGGCUUAUAGUGACUGGCGGAAGAGUAGCUUCUCUUCUGUGCUUUGGCUUCAUGGGAUUCCUGGUUCUGGCAAGACCAAGCUGGCGUCUCUAGUUGUUGACGAAAUC